AUGAAAAGAUCUCGACUAGGUGCUCAUGUAGUACACACGCCAAGAAGAACUUGUUCUGUAGAUAAAACUUUAAGCACUCCGGAAUUCGAACAUUCCAAGUUAUCAAAAGUUCACAAGAAGUACGAACAGGUGCGAAGAGAAGUGUACUGCAUAUCACCAAGAAGUGACGUUUUCGCAUCAGAAAUUAAUAUAUGUAAUCGAAGUGAUUCUAAAACUGACGAAAUAUAUCGCCUAGAAAAACAGCCAGCACAAGGAGACGAUAAGUCUCCGACAGCUUCACAUUCAGAACCCAUGCAGAAUUCACAUUAUAGUAGGUGUGUUAAAACACUACUCCAUCCAAGGAAUCUUGAAAUUGAAACACAAAAAAUACACGAAAGUCAAAAACAGGAGAAAACAGCAAAAUGCUGUAUGUAUUCAAGAAUACCUCAGAUUUCUGUUAACUUUUUUCUGUUUCUUUUUAAAUUGGGCUCUCAUUUUGCAGUGGAUGUCGAAGAUUCGUUAACAAGAUUACUGCAAGAUAUUCAUAAUGACAACAGGAAAAGUGCAAGAAUUAUAAGAGAUUCCAAAGCUAGAUUGCUUAAUUUACAAAAGAAAACAGCUUUAAAUGAGGCAGACAUAAAAGAGCUUGGGGAGCGAAAUGAAUUACUGCUUCGUGAAAUGGAACGUUUUGACCGGUUGACAAAGAGCAUACAAAAAUUGGUUGGUGCUCAAGUACACCAAUUUAGUAAGUCGAGAGAGAAGUCCCCAGACCUCACUGGUAACAUGUCGACGGGUCUUUUCGACGAAUCGAAUUUUGAAAUGAAAAUAAGUACUCCUGCUGGAACUUUUGGUGGAGGCAGAAAUUUUUGUAAUUCAGGAGUACCCGGUGGAUCGAUACCUCGUAGCAAAUCUGAAAUUGACCUCACUCGGAAACUGACUGAAAGCUACGAUAUGCAAGAGAAAUUAGUUGCUGACAACGCGGAUUUAGAAGUGAAAAGAUAUAUUCUGUACAAGGAGUUAAUGACAAAGGAUCAAAACUUAGAAACAUGUCGUGGGCAAAUAAAAAGGCUGCAAGGGGAAUUAAAAUUGUUAAACAUCGAAAACUCAAAUCUUCUUGAGAAACUGAAUAAGAACAAUCCAGAGGGCGAUGCGACUGCGAUGAGCCAAUGCACCCCAUGCCAUCAAGAAGUUGUAACACAAAGUCAGUGUGGAGACGUUGGUGACAUUAAAAGUGCCCAGGAGCUAGUGGAUAAACUAGAAGAAUAUAAAAGUUCCACAUUAGAAUUUGAAAAACAGUUAGGCGAAUUGGAAUACGAAGUCCGUUACUUGCGAACAGAGAUGGAUUCUAUUAAAGGCGAAAAGGAUAGCGCGUGUCGAGGCGGUGGCGCCGCUGGACCCAACACGUGCUUUCAGCAGCCGCCAUGCGGACCUCCUGUGCCUCCAAUGACAAAAGCUUGUGGAGUAUGUCCACCGUGUCCAGCACCAUGCAACCCUAAUGCACCUCCAACACCAGCUGAAAAAGAAGUGCAGAAGCUCACUUUGCAAUUACAACAGACUCAAGAAAGCUUUAAGACCAAAGUAACAGAGUGCGCGUUGCUUCGAACAGAUCUUCUCAAGAAAAAAGAAGAAUUAGAAAAGGAGCGUUGUCAGCAUCGUGAAGCUCAAAAUAAAUUACGCGAGUUAGAAAUGAAGUUUGAAGGCUUGACGACGCACACAAAUAUGUUAUUAGGGACAAAAGAGCAAGCACUUGAACAAGAAGUGAACGUCAGAACACUGAAACAGUGCUAUAGAGAAGCAAGGGAAGAAAUAGAUGAACUAAGGACUUUGAUGAAAGAACAGAAUGACCAGCUUCAAGACUAUAGAGUUAAAUACCUUCAAGCUCAACAACUUGUAGAAGAACAAAAGCGUCAAAUGGACAUGAUGGACAUGGACAAUACAAGGAUAAGUGAACAAAUAAACCUUGAGAUACAAAAAAUAAAAUUCCAAGAAAAGCUACAAGAAUUAGCACCGAUUCCAGAUUUGUUAAAGGCGACUCAGAUGAGAUUAAAAGACGCACAGCAGUCGCAAGCAAUAGCCGAGCACAACGCGGAACAGUUGGCUAGGGAACUUAAUUGCGCCAGAGAAAAGAUUCAUGUACUUUUGCAUAAUACUAUAAAACCACCGGAGAAACCUCCAGAGAGGAGCGCAGAUGAGAAACAGAUGGCGCUGCUGAACCAAAGAAUUUCACAACUAACAGAAACGAAUAUGAGCCUUAAGAAUGAAAUCGAGAGACUGAAAGCAAAUGUAAUACGCAUGGAAGAAGCCGUAUUAGCAAACGAAAAACGGUUACAAGAGAAGAUGCACGAGUGCGCACAGCUCGGCGGCGAGUUGGAUAGAGCCCGGGAUGAGGCUGCGAGAGCAUUACAGCGUGCUAAUGAACGCACAGAGACUAUACGCAAAUGUAUGCAGACUACGAUUGCUGAAUUAGAAAGACAGCUUGCAGCCUCCAGGGCACAAGUUAAGAACGCUGAAAAAGAUCGCGAAGAACUUCAAUGUCGCAUGCAGUGUCAGAUAAAGCGACUGAAUGACAAUUUCGAACAGGCUCAAUUGAGAAUUCUAGGGCUACAAGGUCAAGUGCAAACAUUAAGACGGACUGUCUCCAGCACAGAUGGUGAAGGGGACGGCGAUAUACAAGAAUGUGCUUGUAAGAGUUUCUUUGAAAACCCUUAG